GGAGGUGGCGCGAGUGUUGUUGGUGUUGCUGCUGCUGAGGUGAUCGACCGCCUGCUUCCCUGGACCGUUACCGCUCGGCUGUCCGAGGACGAGGCGAGGGCCCGUUGUUCGGUGGCGGGGUGAGCCGGCGAUGAACGCCAGGAAUGUCAGCUCGUCCCGGGCCGUGCACGUCGAGCUGAGCUCCCAGCAGCGACGGCUUCGACAUCUGCGCAGUAUUGCAGCCAGAAAUAUCAUUAACAAGAAUGGAUCCCACCUUUUAGACACCUACUUUAGUCUACAUUUGUGUGACGAUGCAAAGGUCUAUAAAGCUUUUUACACCAGUGAGGUCGUGAAGGAUUCUUUGAAUCCAACAUGGAGGAGUUUAGACUUUGGCUUGAUGCCAAACCGCCUAGAUACUUCUGUGUCAUGUUUCAUGGUCAGGAUUUGGGGUGGAAAGAAGGGACAAUAUCGCCUUGUCAUUGAGUGGAAAGUCAAUCUUGAUGGAUUGAAGUAUCUGGGACAGCAGAUUCGUGCACGUAAUCCCAAUGAGGUAAUAUUUGGAUUGAAUGAUGGCUACUAUGGAACACCUUUUGAUCACAAGGACCUCACUGAAAAGAGGAGGACCAACCUUCUACAAGUGGACCAGAGUUCAGUAAGGAGCUCGUACAGUGUCUUUUCCCUUCUCAGCAGAGGCUAUGUACCAAGCUUCAUUGGCUCACAAAUGCUAUCAAAGUUUCAGUGGAAAUUCAGGCUUCAUACCGCUCAACGCGUAAUAAAACAGACUCAGGUAACUGUUCAGAAAGUAGGCAAGGAGAUCGAGGAAAAAUUGAGACUAACUGCAUCAACAGCAAAGUUGAAAAAGGAACGGGAGCGUUUACAGCUGAAGAUCCUAGUACUACAGAAUGAAUUAGAGAGACAGGAGAAGGCACUUGGACGAGAACUGGAAGUGUUGCAGAAAGAGCGGAUUGCAUUCCAGGACAAAGAGAAAGUAUUCUGGAGUAAACGCCAUCGCUUACAAGUGGAGGAUUCGUCCCUCAAUGAAGAAAGGAAAGGGUGCAUCGCUAAAAGAGAGCACUUCCUGAAGACUAAUGCACAAUUGAACAUUCGGCGUCGACAACUGUUGUCGGAACUGUCUUACAUUUACCCUAUUGAAGUGAAUGAUCAGAAGGAUUAUUUUAUGUGUGGAGUCAAACUACCAAAUUCAGAAGAUUUUCAAGCUAAGGACGAAGGAAGCAUUGCUGUUGCCUUGGGUUACACGGCCCAUCUGGUGCUCAUGAUUUCCUGUUUCCUACAAGUACCACUCAGGUAUCCUAUCGUCCAGAAGGGGUCCCGGUCCACAAUCAGGGACAACAUCACCGACAAGCUUUCUGAGAAGGAGAGAGAGUUCCCUCUGUAUCCCAGAGGAGGAGAAAGGUUUCAGUUUGAAUAUGGAGUUUAUUUACUCAACAAAAACAUCGCACAGCUAAGAUAUCAGCAUGGCCUAUCCACACCAGAUCUCCGACAGACAUUGCCUAACCUGAAAAGCUUCAUGGAACAAGGGCUAAUGGUGAGGUGCGAUCGACCUCUAUCUAGUGCAAUUCCUGUACCUCGAAGGCAUGUGACGAGCACAUCUGCAGGAUCAGAUACAGCUUUCCACAGUAGAGGGGCUGCUUCUCCAGAAAGGGCUUGGAGACAGUCACAUGGAAACUCUGAACAAGAACAGCCCCCAAGCUACAACACUGCAAUAACUCAUGCUGUAACCCUUCAGGCACAACCAGAAGGUGAUAGCAAAGUGCAUACUACUUCAGCAUUGGAAGUUUCAGAUGAUUCCUUUAAAGGUGGAGAUCAGGAGGAUGAAAUGCAUAGCAAUGAAAAUGGUGUGGUUUAUGAAACGGCCCAGCCACAAGAGGUUAUCACUGAGCAGCCAUCUGAGGUGAAUGGAAUGACUAUGCCCAGUGUGCACACUGGCAGCACCAAUAAUAUGCCAACAGGUGACUUAAGCCACCCCAUGGGUGGCAGUGUUUUCUGCUCUGUUGAGCGGGCCGAAGAGAUCAUAGGCAUGGAAGCCACUGGCUUCAGUUCAGAUGAGCAGCUGGAAGGAUUCUGCAUUCCUGUCGAUCACGCUGUGGCAGUAGAGAGUGAUGACCAAGUUUUGGCUGAGCUCGAUGCUGAAGGAUUUGAGGAGUUCUCCAGGAGGAUCUGUGCACUGAAUGAGAAUGUCUCAAGCUUCCGUCGGCAUCGUAAGGGCUCUGAGAAAUGAGACUAUGCUGCCCGCCGCGAGUAUUGAAGCAGAAUGUAGACAUAAACUGGAGUGGAAGAGCAAAUUGCACUUCUUUCUGAGAUGAUUUGUAACAAUGAAGUUAUCAACAUUGUUGCUAUUCUCGUGGUGAGAUGGAGAAAGCAGAUGAGGAUCAAAACCUGAUGCAGUGUAAAUGCUGGGCUCCCAGAUGGAGAUCCAUUCGCGUAAGAGAUGAGAUGGGGCAGUUUACGUAGAUCAUGGCUUAGUGGAUUGACUUCAUGCCAUCCAUGUCUGCAUGUUUGCAUCACCCUCUCAUGAUACUCCACCAGACCUGCAAGCUGGCAUCCUUCCCAACCAAAUAGAAUCAGUCCUUUCCUGAUAACUGCAGAAUUUGAUCCCUCCUUGGAGGGGUAGAAAACAGGGGGGAGUGAAUCCCUUUUUACUGGAACUGAGAGAUUGCGACCUCCCAUGUUUGCCAAACAGAAUAUGUGCAAUGAUAUUACGGGAUAGAGUUGUUUUGAAAUGAUGUGAAAUUUCUGAAUACUUCAGUUUUCUCCUUAGAUUGGGAGCUUGCCAUAUGCGUUUUGAUGAGAUGUCCUGGAAUAAUCGAACAGUUUAGAUAAGUAUGAUGUUAAAGCUGCAUUCCUGAAAUCGAUUCAUUGUAAUGGGGGGUGGAUGAGGUUGAAAAAAAAAAGGCUGGAAGUGCCGCAAGUUAAAAUCUAACUUGGCAGAAACAAUUUUGCGGAGAGUGACAGAGUCCUGACUAAGAGCCUCAAAAUAUCAAGUGCGUAUGGUUGAAUUUAAGUUGCCAUAUACUACCUAUUUUUGCUAUUUUUUGAUAACACGUUGUGCGGCUCAGGUACAAUUUAGCUGUUGAUUUUAGUCUGAAUUUCUAUCCUUCACGGCCUUCAUCUGCCUACAAACUAAAUCAGGGAAAAUACUCUGAACUGAUUAUUUAGAACUUAAAAGUGAAUUGGUUAUUCACUGACUUUAAGCUCCUCACCAUUUCCCUUCCAAUUCUUCACUUACAAAAAAAAUCUUCAAUUUAUUCUGAAUUGAGCUUCUGAAAUAUUGUUUAAUAGACCUAAUAUUUUAAAGUGUGGGCACUUACAUUUUGGCACACCAGCUGUAGGAAACUGUUCUUCUGCUUCUCUAGCUUACCUGUGUCUCGACCUGUUGCCCAGGUGGCCCAAAGUUCAGCACUGCUUCCUACCUAUUUUGGACUUGUUCAAAGAAUACCAGUUUAGAUGAGAAAUGCAAUCACUAUUUUUCUGGCAUUGUUAAAAUUAUUGAAGGAAUAAUUAAUUUUAAAAGUUACUUAUGUAGCCCAGUUGGAUUUGAUCUGCACUGAAUGCGGUAGCAGCUGGGAUUAAGUUGCACUGGAGUAAGCUUGCUAAGAUAACAAAGACAUUUUUCAUUUAAAAUUAAUAGCUCCCAUUACUUCAUACAAAGAAUUCAAUCAGUCUUGAGUUUUUUUUUCUCCCUUCCUCUCCCUCGCUUUAAGCAUAAAGCUAAAAUAUAAGUCACUGAAGAUCCAGAGGCUAAGUGAAUAAAGCAUUUGGUGACCCAAACAUUGACCCAUUGCAAAGAAUUAAACAAAUCAUUGCAUUCAAGUAUUAACUCGUUGUGCAGUCUUUGAACUGGAAUCUCUUCUAGCUCAUUUCCCACUGACACUUUCUUUUAGUUGUAAUGCUGAUGCUAUUGACCAGAGCGUAAUAUAUAUUGCAGUUUCCCUGCCCAACCACUGCCUUUGGGAGCCUACUUGUUGCAGCAGCAUGCCCUUUGCAUAUGUUGGGAAAUGAGCUAUGAAUUCGGUGUUUUGUGUUCCUGAGGGAGGUGCGUUGUCCUCGCCUCCUUGCAUGUCAGAAGACCACAUUAAAUUAAAACAACCUGGUUCUCUGGGAGAGUGAAGGCCACCUUUCUGCUGCUCACACCCACCUAAGCACCCCCCCCCCCCCCUCAACAAAAACCAACAGUAGAGUAACUGAAAUGCUGCUUGUAGGACCCUGUGAUCAUAGUGUAGCAUUGCAAAGAGUGGCCAUUCAACAGAGCAUUAAUUGACAAUUUGUCAGAAAGACAGGUAAACACAGCAUUAAAAAUAUAAAUAUAAUGAAUGCGUUUAUUUCAGUUUCGUCAGUACUAUAACCUUUUAUUGUUGUAUUGAUUCACAGUGUUGGUACGGCUCUAAUUUAAAUAAGCAUCACAUUGAUAGUUAUUGGCUGAGCAGACUGGUGCUAGAAAUCAUUUGUGGUGAAAUGCUGCACGAUACACAAGCUCCACCCUGAUGAUACGAGCAAGUCGGGUGGGAAAGGUUAAAAUAAUAAUUGUCUCGGUGUUUUCAUUUUGAGGCAGUGACAUACUAAGGUGCUAAUGUGUUCCUUGUCUUUGCAAACAUCAUGACUCUUGGUUCCUAUUUUGUGACAUGCGUGCAUGAGGUCUCCAGGUCUCUCUCAGUAAUUUUUCAGAGAACUUAAAUCAAUAAGAUACUGAAUCUUUACCUUGACAGUUGCAUUUCCAUAACCAGGGCCAUUUCUUCAGUGGACCGUCUUAUGUUUCUUAAAUGGUUCAGUACCUCUUCACAAUACUCCACCGUGAGUUUUUUGUUUUUUUUAAUUUUGCCAGUUUUGUUGUGGGAGCACAUUUUAUUUUCAUAUCUUAAAAACCUCACCCAUCACUUUAAUGUGUUGAUUGAUUCAUUGACACUUUGAAUUUCCACUGGUGACUAAUUAUAGUGACUGCUAAUUUACGCUGACAGUAUCCCCUGGGAAAGCUGGUGCUCAAAUUGGUAUUCAGUCCCAGUCCAGACUUCCGGCACCAGAGGUGAUAUUUGAGCUCAGCUUCGCACAUGCUUGAAACUGUGCACUGACACCUUCUUGCUUUAACCAGCCGAGUAUGAUCCAUGUUCAUUCUGCAUAUACGUCAAGAACCUAUUCGCAGAAAUUUGCCCCUAUUCAAAAUACCCUCUUCCAACCAUUCAUAGUGUAAUGCUUGGAUACGAUCCAAAUGUAACCAAUAACUAUCUCCUACAGUUAAAGCUGCCACCAACAAGUUAGUUAAGCAACAAGGACAUUGUUAUGAUGGAGUCAUUUUCUUAGAAAUUGUAAAUAAAGCCUGUAAUCUCAUUGUGGUAAUGUCUGCAUCAUUUAGCUCUGGCAGCACAUAAGAUGGUUCAGAUGCAGGGGCAUGCUGCCCAUUCCUGGCGUUAUUAGGAUGGAAGUGAUGUGCUAAUUCAUAGUUCAAGCAUUACAAACUUGCAUUUUGUUUGAGGAUUUGUGAUAACAUUGAUAACAUUCUUAGGUUUUUGUGCUUUGCAUCAUUCAAACACCAUAUCCUACAUUCCCUUGUAACCUACUUCAGUACUAUGGUUCCCCUUGACUUCUGGCCACUCAUGUCCAAAAUUGUAGUUCUUAUUUUGUGAAUUGCACCAUGCUGAUUAGAGAUGGAUAGUUCCAUUGGUUGAUGUAGUGAGUGUGAACGUCUUCAUGCAGAUUUCAAAUAAUUAGGAUAACGAGUGUUCUUCUAGUGGCUUUUAGGUCCUGGUGGUCGAUGUUUUGUAUGUUGGUGACUUAUUCCAGAAUGGUUAGGGGGUCCACAUCUUAACAGUUAGUUGAAAGAAGCUGUGGGAAGAUGCCUGGAGUUGGAAUCGUGGAGAAGGCACUGUUAGUGUAUAGUGAACUUUGUGUGGUUUAUAAUAAAAUUUAACAUAGCUCAAAAUCACCAACAAUAAAAAGCAACCCAGUGUGAUAUUCAGAAAUACUUGAGGUACAAAGAGAGGGAAAGAGCACUUAACUUUACCCUUUCCCCUCAUUAACAUUACAAUCAGGACUUCAAGCUCCAUCUGUUACUUUCAGUAGACUACAUAAGAGUGAGAUCCCCUAUUUACUGGAACUGAGAGAUUGUGACCUCCCAUGUUUGCCAAAGAGAAUAUGUGCAAUGAUGUUACAGGGUAGAGUUAUUUUGAAAUGAUGUAAAAUUUCUGAAUCCUUCAAUUUUCGCCUUGGGAGCUCGCCAUAUGCUUUUUGAUGCGAUGUCUUGGAAUAAUUGAACAGUUUAGAUAAGUAUGAUGUUAAAGCUGCAUUCCUGAAAUCUAUUCAUUGUAACGGGAGGGGUGGCUGAGGUUAUAUAUUAAUAAAGUAAGGGUGACUGAUGUAAUAUUGAGCUAUGCUGUCUUCACCCUAUUGCUCCUUAAAUUGAAUGGAAAUAACAAGAGGAUAGGAAACCCCACAUUUAAAACUAGCUGGUGUCUUCCACCAAUGCAUUCUCUUCAUUUUUGCUGUAGUUCUGUCAAUCACCUGUAUACUUCAGCGGAUGUUUCUCGUUUAUAUCUGUUCCGACAGUUAACGGUGUCACUUACCGGGAACUUUAGAGAAUGGUCACCAUGAGAUCUGAUUUCAUGGAAUAAUAGCUUUAUUUUUUAUGGAUUGGUUCAGAACUUCAAGUUGCUUAACAUCCUUCUGUACUUAAUGGUGUCUUAAAUUUCGCAUUGUACACAGUAGAAAGACUGGCCUAGAAGCUUCAAUUCAACACUGAGGACUAAUUGCGUUAAUCUUCUUUUCCCCUUCUGUUAAAUAUGGCCUGUCUUAUCCCUUUCAAUUAAACCUGCUCCAUGGUGCAUGUAUUUCAAAUCAGGUACUAGCACGCAUCCUAACUGCCCACGACCUGUUAAAGAGCAAACAGUAGUCACCUUCUCUCCUGAGCUUUCAUUUUAUUCAUGGUAUUACUAAUUGAAAAAAUAAACUUUUCCUCCCAUCAAAAGCAGGAGGUGGUCAAGAACAGCAAUGGCUGUUAACUGUGGAAGAGGCAAGGUGUUGAAUCAACUUUUCUUGAUUUUCAUAUGUAUAUUCUUCUCAAAUUUGAGGCAGAAAUCUGUCUGGCACUUCCUGUACUAGUGAUAGUGUGCUGCACAGCUGUUGGAUUUGUGCCAUACUGAACAUCACAAGGUUUCAAAUUGGUGCCGAUUCCAAAAUCUGACCUGUAUGUUUUCCUUAACUGGCUUCCAGCUGCAGAGAUUCUAAAUGAAAGUUUCUGACCUGCUGUACCGAGAUUAUUCUGGAUUCCCCUCACCGGGUUGCUUGGCUUUUGCACAGUAUCUCCAUCUCAGAUUGGUCAUUCUCUGGAGAGAUUUGAUCAGAUGCCCCUGAACUGCCCACCCCACAUGCCCCCAUCACUUAACGAGUCAGUCCCCUCAAUUCACAGCCUCUCUGCAACUAAAAAAGCAAGCAGACUUUUCAUUGCCUGGUGUGGGGGCUUCAUGACUGUCAAUUCAUAAAGAUCCUCUUCCCUCACCCCAUCUCCACUAUUUUCAUAUAUAAAAUGCAAGCAUGUUCAAACCAAUGAUUAAAAUGUAAAAUUUAUUUCCUAUAUAUCCCAGUGUCAACUUGCAGCAAUGUCCUGAAGACUUAACCUUCAGUUCCAGUUAGCCAUCCACGUCUUGCACAUUAUUAAUACGUCAGUUUUGAUGUCUCACUCUACAGGCUGAUGAUUGACUUUCAAGCCCAAUAUCAUUUAGUUUCCUUUGAUCUUAUGCACUUAUUUCAGUUGAGGUGACUUUGUUCUCUCUCUACCCUUGCAUUUCCCCGCUCAUAUGAGCAAACCCAACAGCUAAUGGGGUUUGGCCAAGUUCAUGUUUCUCAAAGUGCAAGCAGUCGUUAAGGCAACGUAACCAAUUCCAGACCUCCCAGCCCUCAAUCUGGGAGCUUUGCUUCCAAAGCUGUCGUCCCCUUGCUGCACUACAUAAAAGGUUCUGAACAUUUGCUCAAGGCAUGUGUGCAGGGGUUAUCUCAACAUCAAAUUGAAGCUCAUUUCGGGGUAGACUUCAUUCAAUUCAUUUUGUAUGAGUGAGCAAGGGAGGAGCAAGAAAGUGGACACAGUCAACUGAACUGGACACAGAAUGGGAGAUAGGAACCACAAGAUUGUUUGUUUGUUUGUUUGUUUGGGUCAUCUGCGCAGGAGGGAACAUAAAAUCGUUUGUGUCUCUGUGUUGAGCUGGAAGAAACAUUGCUGAGCCAACUGUGUGUACCUUAGCUAUCCUGUUUUGAAAUGCUGUGACACACCUGUUUGACAUGGUGGGGGGUUUGCGGUGAAACACUGAAUGGGGUUGCUCCACUGUCAUGAACUGUUAAAUGCGUGCUUCGUAAUGAUGUGUUAAUUAGAACUGUCUGCGAAUCUGAUCUCUGAAUGAAGCAGCAGAACAAAGACAAUGUAUUGAUGUACAGAGCAAGUACCGUAUGGGUUUGAAGUUUGCCUAUUUCAUCACACUGGCAUUUUUGCCAAAAUCACUGCUGAACAAUUCGUAGCUACAUGCUCCUUUUAUCCUGACAUCCCCACUCACCCUUUUCACACAUUUCCUUUUAAUCUUUUCCUUGUUUCUAUUUAUUAAAGAAAAAAAAUCAGUUUAUUUAAUUAAUUACUCCAAAUGCAAGCAGUAAAUGGAUGCAAUCAUUUGCAAAACGUAUUCACAUACUUGCUAAUGAUUCAAGUGUCACUGAAAAAAUUCUGGUAAGCAAAAUUGAAUAAAACAUUGUUUUACCAUUAUCUGUGUGAUUCCUCAAUCUUCCAAAAUUCUGUUUCAGGAUGUGGUUAUCACUGGCAUUUAUUGUCUAUCCCUGAAUUACUUGUCAAGCAGCUUCAGAGGGCAAUUAAAAGCUAACUGUAUUGGUUUUAGAUGUUUUUGUUCACCGAAUGUGUCACAAGCAUGUAUUGUCUAUCCUUAAUAGCCCAUGGGUUGCUGGCUUCACUACAACUGGCUGGCAUGAGUGGCUAUUUCGGAGGGCAUUUGAGAGUCAGCCACAUUGUUCUGGGUUUGGAGUCUCAUACCAGUCAGACCAGGAAAAGACAGCCGAUUUUCUUCCCCAGACAGCAUCGAUAAACCGCAAGUCAACAGCUUCAUUGUCAAACUCUUAAACUGGCAUAAUGGGGUUUGAAUGUGUUACUCUGGAUCACUUAUCCAGCCUUUGGUUUCCCUCAUCUAAUUACGUAACCACAAUCCUUAUGUUGUGUUCUGUUUCUUUGUUGUGUAAUGAACGGGCUACAUUUCUAAAUGCUGUUUUAGUGAAUGUUAUUUCUAAGAUGUUUAUCAUGUUGUUACGACAUUCAAGCUGCAAUUCUUCAUGAUUUGAAAGAGCUAGUAUCUUUUACAUUUGCACUGAUUUAACA